AUGGUUCUCGCGGAGGUCGCUCGCGUCGACGUUGCUCAUGUUGCCCCUGCGCAGAAACAAAAGCGCACAUGGAAGGAUUACAUUUGGGCGUCAAAACCCCGGAAACUAUUGACUGAUUUGAUUUUGAUCACUUUCGGUUUCCUGGGAACAUGGAUCAAAUAUCUGGAUAAGAGUAAUCUUCAGACUGCCUUCGUUAGCGGCAUGAAAGAAGAUCUCGGGUUCUACGGUAAUCAACUGAACUAUGCGAAUACUGCCUAUAGCAUUGCCAGUAUUAUCGGUCUUUGGCCAGCAAAUAUGAUCAUGGCUCGUGUUUCACCGAAGGUAGGUUUCUUCCGUAUGAUUUCUUCAACUAAAGGUCUCCGCGAGAUCUUAACAACUAUGCGUAGAUUCCUCGAGAUUGGUUGGACAAUUAGCACGUUUUGUCAAGCUCAAAUGACAAAUACUACUCAAAUGUGCGCGAUUCGCGCGUUGGUUGGGCUAUUUGAAACAGGCCUAUUGGUCAUGCAGGCAUGGUACAAAGACGACGAACUAGGGCGACGUAUAGCGCUCAUCAACACUGCGACAGCCGUCGGCCCCAUGUGCAGCUCAUAUCUCCAAGCCGCUAUCUAUAAACCUCUGAAUGGUCGCUUUGAUCACGCCGGAUGGCAAUGGUCCCUGCCUAGCUGUUCUAUAUCGACGGAAUCAUUUCUGUCAGCCGUGAUUAUACCUCAGUUGUUCCUCCUCCCCGAUGUACCUGCACGCCAAACGCCGAAUUGGAUGUUCACCGCUGCAGACAUAGAACUAGCGCGUGAUAGAAACCCGAGGGAGGGUCGUGUAAAGCAGGAUAAAUUCACUUCGUCUCAGAUUCGAACGUGGUUCUUGAGGCCUGAGAUACUUCUCUUGUGGCUCAUGAGCUGGUGUAACUCGGUUGGAUCGAAACCACAAGACUCGUUCUCUUUCUGGUUCAAGGGAUAUAACAGCAUAAAAAAAGGCAGUUUCACCGUACAACAAAUCAAUGUCUACCCCACCUUCACCUAUCUCGUUACAUUCAUCAAUACGUUAAUAAUCGGCUGGACUAGCGAUACGAUAUUCAAUGGUCGACGGUGGCCGCCGCUCUGUGUUGCCGCGACUCUCAAUGCAAUUGUUGCUGGUGACCCUGGCCUUCGGUCGUUUGCAAGUGCUGGACUUAACGUAGCGUCCGGAAUCUGUACGGCAACAAUCCCUCUCGCCCUCUUCCAAACGAAAGACCAGCCGGCUGUCACGGGAGGCAAUUGGGCAGGCUUUGCCUUCUCCCUAUUCUCCCCUGCAGCUGCUCUCACGUUAGCGUGGUAUAUAGGAACCAUACACUACAGAGAUACCACGAAGAUGACGAAGCAGGCUCGAGUAUCGAUCAGGGUGAGGAUGUCGAUAAGAAAAGCGUUGAUAGUGUGA